CCCCACUCUGACUCUAGGUGGAAGAGCAGAGAACCACGGAGCCAAGCCAUCCUCCGACCGUCGUGGUUACAGCCACUCACUGAAGGACUAAACUUUUUGGGAGUCUCCUCAUCCGGCCGUGCUGGCUGACUGGUUAUUGUUGGUUUAGGGGAAUGCAUCUCUCCUCUGCUCUAUAAACGGGUUUGGGAACGCAUUGAGGAAGGGGUCCACACGAAUGGGAAUACGGCAGCGCCAAACUCUUGCAAUGCGGCCAGAGUGAAGGGGGUAGAAGACAAUACCAUUCCACGGGCUGUGGGGCUGCUCGCUAUCAAUAUUUCAGUGGGGUCUGCUUCCAAGCGAAUAGUUACAGUUCCAUUUUUUUCUUCUCUGAUUGCUCCUAUAACCCAUUAUUGCGACGAAUAGUGUUUUUGAUUAGAAGAACAAGCCAUGACGUCUACGGCCAAAUUCCGAAAGGACAAGGAGAUCGUAGCCGAAUAUGAGACUCAAGCCAAAGAGAUCCGUGCCCAGCUGGUGGAGCAGUUGAAGUGUCUGGACCAGCAGUGUGAGCUGAGGGUGCAGCUGCUGCAGGACCUGCAGGACUUCUUCAGGAAGAAGGCGGAGGUGGAGAUGGACUACAGUCGUAACCUGGAGAAACUGGCCGAGCGGUUCCUUACGAAGACACGCAGCACCAAGGACCACCAGCUCAAGAAGGAGCAGAGUGUGCUGUCUCCAGUCAACUGUUGGAACCUGCUGUUGACUCAGGUGAAGAGAGAGAGCCGAGACCACGCGACCCUCUCUGACCUCUACCUCAACAACAUCAUACCGCGCUUCGCCCAGGUCAGCGAGGACUCCGGACGACUCUUCAAAAAGAGUAAGGAGGUCGGCGUUCAGCUUCACGAGGAUCUGAUGAAGGUUCUGAACGAGCUCUACACGGUGAUGAAGACAUACCACAUGUACAACACAGACAGUAUCAGCUCUGAGAACAAACUGAAGGAUGCAGAGAAACAGGAGGAGAAGCAGAUGGGGCGUUCUGGUCGCCAGGACGACAGACAGACUCCCAGGUCACCUGACACACUGGCCAGCGUCAAGACUGAGGAGAAACAUGUCCGACGCUCCUCGGUCAAGAAGAUAGAGAAGAUGAAGGAGAAGAGGCAGGCUAAGUACACAGAGAACAAGCUGAAAGCGGUCAAGGCGAGGAAUGAAUACCUGCUGGCUCUGGAGGCCACCAACAGCUGUGUGUUCAAAUACUACAUCCACGACCUGUCUGACAUCAUAGACUGCUGUGACCUGGGCUACCAUGCCAGUCUCCACCGUGCGUUGCGGACCUACCUGUCAGCGGAGAUGAACGUGGAGGCGUCUAAACACAGCGGCCUGGAGGGCCUGGAGAGGGCAGUAGAGAGCCUGGAGCCCAACGGGGACAAGCAGAGACUGAUGGAAACCUACAACAACGUCUUCUGUCCCCUGCGCUUUGACUUCCAGUCACACAUGGGAGACACGAUGGGGGUAGUCUGUGCCCAGCAGCCAUUAGAAGGGGAAUUACUCCAGAGGUGUCAGCAGCUGCAGUCCCGUCUCUCCACCCUCACGAUCGAGAAUGAGGAGGUGAAGAAGACUAUGGAGGCCACUCUGUCGACCAUCCAGGACAUGGUCACCGUGGAGGACUAUGACGUUAGCGAGUGUUUCCACCACAGCAACUCCAUGGAGUCGGUCAAAUCCACCAUGAGCGAAUCAUUCCUCAGCAAGCCCAGCCUGGCCAAGAGACGGGCCAAUCAGCAGGAGACGGAGCAGUUCUACUUCACGAAACUGAAGGAGUUUCUGGAGGGGCGGAACCUGAUCACCAAACUGGAGGCCAAACAUGAGCUGAUACAGAAGACUCUGGGAGAGAGUCAGAAGACUGACUGUUGUCUUGCCAGUGACAGGAGGAACUCUGCACUACGGAAGCAGGAGGCUGGCCAGGUCAUCCCUCUGAUGGUGGAGAGCUGUAUCCGCUUCAUCAGUCGCCAUGGUCUGCACCAUGAGGGCAUCUUCAGAGUGUCUGGCUCUCAGGUGGAGGUCAACGACAUCAAGAACUCCUUUGAGAGAGGUGAGGACCCGUUGGCGGGGGAUCAGAAUGAUCACGACAUGGACUCCAUCGCUGGCGUUCUGAAGCUCUACUUCAGAGGCCUGGACCACGCCCUCUUCCCCAAGGAAGUCUUCCAUGACCUCAUAUCCUGCGUCUCUAUGGAGAACCUGCAGGAGAGGGCUGUCCACAUCAGGAAGGUUCUGCUGUCUCUGCCCAGCAACACUCUCAUCGUCAUGAGAUACCUGUUUGCCUUCCUCAACUACCUGUCCCGGUACAGUGAGGACAACAUGAUGGAUCCCUAUAACCUGGCCAUCUGCUUCGGGCCCACACUGAUGUCAGUCCCAGAGAGCUGUGACCAGGUGUCCUGCCAGGCCCACGUUAACGAGCUCAUCAAGACCAUCAUCAUCCACCACGACGGGGUCUUCCCCGGACCACGGGACCUGCAGGGGCCCGUCUACAUCAGCCCAGGGGCCACUGAUGAGUACUGUGAUCCCCACUGUGAGCCCCCCCUGGUGGACAUACCUGCUCCCGACACCAUCUCUGUCAUCCACAACAGCGAUGAUGGCUCGUUGGUCGUUUCAGAAUUGGACCCAAUAGAGGCCAUUGCUCGCUUCGAUUUCUCCGGACGGACCAACCAGGAGCUGUCAUUUAAGAAGGGCGCGUCUCUCCUCCUUUUCCAGCGAGCCAGUGAUGACUGGUGGGAGGGCCGACACAACGGAGUGGACGGACUGGUGCCUCACCAGUACAUAGUGGUUCAGGACAUGCCGGACGGGGGCAGAGGCAGUCCGAAGACUGAAGCAGAGUUGCAGGAGGAGAGAGUGUCUACUAGGGGCACUGCUGCCUCUCCUACUGGAGCUCAUGUAGCAGACAUCUACCUAGCCAACCUCAACAAGAUGAGGAAGAGGCCUGAGUUGGGGAGUAUCCGUAGGACCUUUUGGGGGUCUGAGGGAGUCCAGGGGGGUGAUGUGUCCCUGUCUGGGGCGACAGGAGGGGGCGUAAGGACGGCCAGUCUGCCAGUGGGAGGGGCUCUGGUGAAGGAGGGCGGCGACAAGCGACCGGUCAGCGCCCACAGUGUCCUCAACUCCUCAAUCACACGCCACUCCUCUCUCAAGACCAAGGUGGAGAGCCCCCAGUUCUGCAAGGCGACUACCACGGGCCGCUCUAAGAGCUUCAGCAACCACCGGCCCCUGGAUCCUGAGGUCAUCGCUCAGAUGGAGCCCACAUCACAGGAUAUCGAGGCAGCUAUGAGCUCUGCUCUGAGUGAGCUGAAAGAGCUGGAGAGGCAGAGCAGUGUCAAGCACACGCACGCCCCCGACGUGGUGCUGGACACACUGGAGCAGCUGAAGGGUGUGUGUGGGGGUGGCGGGGCGUCCGAGCCCUCCAGUCCCCUCCACUCCCGUCUGCUGAGGGACAGCGAGGGCGCAGGGCCUCCACACUCACACCCCCUCCAACGCAGCGCCUCGUCCGCUAGCGACGUCCCCUCCUCCUUCCGCCCCUCCAAGCCCAGGAGCCCCCUGCCCUCUUCCGCAUCCUCCUCUCUCGCCUCCUCAGCCCUCUCUGCCUCCACUCCCUCCUUCCGAGAGCCUCGCCCUCCAGCCACGCGGCCCAAGCCGGUGGUCUUCCCCAAGGGUGGAGGAGGCGGCAGUCCGGCUAUGGGCUCCCCAACCACCACUGUCCCCCCAACCCCUCCUCCCCCACCCCCACCCCAGCCCAACGACAAGUCCUGCCCUGCCUGAGGGCACUCUCUCUCUCUCACACACGCACACACACACACACACUCCCCUUCGAUCCUCACACCCUGUCCCCAUCUCCUCUCACCCCAGUAAUAAGUGGGAUAGCUCCAAUCUUGGAUCAGCUUACCCUCGCAAACGCUUAACCAUUUAUGGGGAAAACCCCCGAACCAUAUGUAAAGCAUCCAUGACUCAACUCUGCCCCCUCUUGGUCUCUUCAGUCAUCACACCUACCUUCUGACUGACACGGACUAAUACAGAAAAUCAAACAAGGCAUCCAAAUGGACAAACAGCCUGACAAAAAAGAGAUAUGGCGCCUGUACUGUAUAUACCGGUGUGAGGUGUGCCUGUGUGAGGUGUGUGUGUGUGUGUGUGUGAGGUGUGUGUGUGUGUGUGUGGCAUACCUUACACUUGAGUGAGAGCACCGUUUGAUUUUAAAUAGAUGGUGACAUUUAAGGACAUUUAUCCCCAACUAACCUUGAGAAUACUGGAGUGGACGAGAGGAGUGGUUCACCUGGUUGGCUGUGUGUGUGGCAGUGUGACUCCUGGAUUCCACACUCUCUGAGAACACACAGACCGACUGUGGGAACAGAGAACCCUAACUAACUCUGUAGAAACUCUGUGACCUGUUCACUCCGCUGCUUUAAGACUGGGGCAAGACUGGAUCUGCCAGCCUGGACAGAGAGAGAGAGAGAGAGAGAGAGAGAGAGAGAGAGAGAGAGAGAGAGAGAGAGUUGGACUGACAGAUGGAUGGAGGGACAGAGGACCAGAAGAUAAAGCAACUCCGGUGGAAAGCCGAUAUCGCCGAUAGAAAAGCUCUGGAGUAGAGUGCAGGGGGAACGGCUGCUUCUAUGUGAGGAGGAGAGAGCUAGGUUACAUCUCUGAUCCUCCGAGGUGUCUGGGCAGCAAGCGGCGUGUUGUGGGGAUUCAUCAUAACACAAAACGCUAACCCGUAGAGUUGCUUUACACGAGGCUCUUUUCUACUGUACUCUCCUCGACUCGACAUCCGGGCUUUUCAAUUAGCGGCCCUCAGUGGCCAAAGUAAUGCUGGUUCUCUUUACUAAGUGGAAAUUGAUUGACCAUCUGAUGUCAUUGAUUUGCCAGAGAGUCCAAUCACCUGUUUCCUGGGUGGGAAGGAGUCCCUAGAAUUGAAUGCAGUAGUGACGGGGCCCUCCAGGACCAGAAUUGAAUAGCCCUGUUCGACAUUUGGUACAACCAACAUAGUGCAACGCAACGCUUGUCUGGCUUUACAGCAGCACCUCCUGCUGGUGCAUAAGGGCACGACGUGGCCUUGCUCAAUAACCCCCCUUUCUUUAGCAAUAAGAGUCUGACAGAGACUCAUCAACGCAGCAGCAUGCCAGGCCUGCUGCUUCUCUCUCCCUUAGAUUCCCGGCAUUAAUAUACACUCUAUUACAGAAGUAGAACACACACACACGCAUGCAUGACGUGUGUGUGUGUGUUCUGUGGCAGCUAAAUGCCUUUUCAGGUUCUCCUCGCAUGCUGGGGCCACAGCAGUCGCAGUGCUGACUGACUGACUGACUGCGUCUAUCUACAAUACAAGCAAUGCACCUCUUCGACCAGCUACACGCAAAUUAUGACUCCAAACAAAAUCCGCAAACAUGUUUGUUUUUCCUUGUGUAUAUGUUUAAUGAUCAUGAUGAUUAACUGGAAAAGUGCAGACGAGGAAUCUCAGUGAGGUGGAAGAGUUUGUUUAGAUACGAGCACAAACAAACCUCGUCAAGCACAUUUGGAAUAAUUACAUUAUGCUUCUUUUCUCCCAGUUGUUAGUUAAUCCUCAGAAUAUGUCAUACUGGACCGUGUCUGUCAGGGACUCUGCACAGCUCUUAGAACUGAAACUUAAAGGGAAAACCCACUCAAAACAAUCAUUUGGUGGUUGUUUCAUUAGUCUACUGCUGAUACAGUCCCAAACUUGACUGCUGGCAAGCGAAACAUUUUUCAGGAUAAUUUGCGUCAUCAUGAUGAUGUAUUUGGAGACACUUUGCUUCUUGAAACUCCCAACAUCUUGAAAACUUGACUGUUGACCUUCAAAACAUUUUGGGACUGUAUCAACAGUGGACUAAUGAAACAAAUACCAAAUUAUAGUUUUUUAAGUGGAUUUGCCCAUUAACUGCGCAUCAUGAAGGGAACCAACUAAUGGCAGCUUUCUGGGGACAGGGGGACCAACAGGAAGGGGACACCACAGACAGCAGAGCCACUUCCUGUGUCACCAGAGCCACUGCUCACUAGGCUUAAUGUUUGUGUGACUGACUAGUACUCAGUCCCAGUCAUUUCAGCCAUUUCUGGAAAAGUGUCACUCUCUCGUUCCUCUACCAAGAGCAUUGGUGUGUAUCAUGGCGGACCAGCGUCGAAUCAUUUAUUGGGAUUUAUAUAACCCAAUGACAUGAGUUAAAGCAACAGCCCCGAGGCCUGUUCUGUGGUGCUCGUCUUUAAGAGAACCUCUGCUGUGACUCCCUAACUGUCUGUUACUCUGACUGUCGCAUCACGUGGUCAACGUCAAAACGGUCCUGUCCUGUCUGUCACGGUGACAUCAUUUGCAUUUUCUGUAGUCCGAACUCUGAUUUGUGACAGAAUGUGACAGAAUGUUUUGAUUGGUCAAGGUCAGUGGGAGGCGGGAUGCUCUCGUGAUUGACAGCUCUAACGCCCGGUCUGAGAUCAGGAUCGUCAAUGACAGGGCUCAAGAGAACCCUCAGGGGAGAAGAGAAGAACAACUAGUUAAGACCGUUUCUGUCUUUCCCCCUCUCCUUAUCACCCUCCUCUCUUAGUACCUUUCUCCUUCUAGCAUUCUCCCUCUGUUCCCACAGACACACACCUUUUCCUUACAAAUAUCCCUCUCUAGUUCCUCCCUUAUUCCUUCCUCCCCACCCUGCAAACCCCAGGUAUAUAAUUGUAUUAUUGCAAUCCCAAAUGCUCUGUAACAGGUGGUUGAUUUCUUAAAUGUAAUGUUUUAUCUCUGUGUGUAUGUUCAGAUGUGUUUUACAUAGGUUUACUCCCCUUACCUCAUCUUUGGCCACUGGGGCGAUUAGGCAUCAACACACGUCAUACGAACACACACUUAUGGGUGAUGCUUUGUGGUUGGAGUCUCUGUUCACCUGGCUUCGCUGUAUAGGAGCCGGGAGCCUCAGUCUCCACACCGUAUUAUCAGUUGAGCUCAAAUCAUUCAUCGCACACUUGAAAUUACAGUGUGCUCACGGACUGAUUUGAGCGAUGAUGAUUUUUUAAAUUCUGAUUUAACUAUUGUGAAAUAUGCAUUUCUUGCCCAUUUGAAAACACGGGACCUAAAAAAAAAAAAAAAAUGACUGUAAUGUCAAAUAUAUUUAUAGUUGUCUCUGUAUUA